CAUGUGUUUGUUUCCAGCAUGGCGACCUUCAUAUCCCGUGCUGUGGAUAUAGCUGAAGUGUAUGUCUUGUACCGGGCUGUAUAAGAUAUGAACGGUACUGCACUCACGGACGAGGUGUAAUUCUUUAAGGGAUGCAUCAUUUCUGACUAUGCAUUUAUCUGUAGAUGAUCAUAAAGUCGUUUUUUUCAAGUCAGCUUAUGGACAGUGUCAGGACUUCUUGUGCAAGGAACCAUUGAACAGGCCAUCACCCACCACUUUACGUUGCGUAAGCUAGUUAAACUACCAUUACACCUUGCACUCAUGUCUGUAAACGUGCCGAUGGGAGCGUCCCUCUUAAUGCAAAGAGUGGUGCGGACAUGCACAACCAAUAUAGCCCAACAAAGAUACACACCACUACAUUCCAAAGUCAAACCUUCUAAAUGGACGUUGAAUACAAGAACAUUUGGGACGAGUCCAGUAUGGGCGAAUAACAAUGGGAGCAACAAAAACACCUCUGAUCCGUCUACGCCAAACCUUGUGCAGACUUCCAGACCAGGGUCACAGUUCGGAAGGAGGCGACCUCUAUCGCCACUAGAGAGGAUAAGCCAGCUGUUGCCCCAAGAUGCAUUGAGCUCUGAAGUUGCACAGCUGAGAGAGCGCAAACAGGAUGAAGAUGAGAAACCCACUGAAAUGUGUCCUCAGGAAGAUCGUAACAUAUUGGACGUCUUUGUUACAGAUGCCCAGCGGGCACAGGGCGGGGAUGAAAGUACAGAGACCCAAAUCGAAGACAGAUUAGGAAUGAAACAGGAACCGCCCACCAAGUACAAUGUAGCAGAACCGAGUAGUUUGGAGCUUCCAGAAAAUGAGACGUGUUCAAGUGAUUUGGGAUUAUCAGCAUCCACCCUGCCUGGGGAGCGUUCGAUGUCUUUUGGUGAGGCGCUUAUAGCCGAAUAUCGUAAGAAGGGGCGGGUGGAGUUCAGGAAGAUGUUCCAGCUUCAGAACGGUGUGCGUCUGCAGAGCAGCUGGGGCACCAUUUCCCACAAUGAACUCAUGGGUUGCCCCCCCGGCUUGUACAAACGCACCACACUUGGGAUACCUAUCCUCAUACGCCGGCCCAGUCUGGAGGAAUUUGUGCUGAACAUGCGGAGAGGACCUGCUAUUGCCUACCCGAAGGACGCUAGCGUAAUGAUGAUGAUGAUGGAUGUCUCAGAGGGAGACUGUGUGUUGGAGUCAGGCUCUGGGUCUGGGGCCAUGUCUCUCUUCCUGUCGAGAGCCGUGGGGUCCAAGGGUAGUGUGGUAAGUGUUGAGAUCAGGGAGGACCACCAUAAAAGAGCCGUUCUCAACUACAAGCGCUGGCGAGCGUCCUGGAUGCAGAGGAGGGGGGAGGAGUGGCCGGAUAACGUCCACUUCUACAACACUGACCUCCAGUCGGCCUCUUCUCUUCUUGCUGGACGGGGAUUUCACUCUAUUGCUCUGGAUAUAAUAAGUCCACAAAUAGUUUUACCCACUGUGACUCCCCACCUCCAUUCUGGUGCUGUGUGCGCCGUGUACCUUGCCAAUAUAACACAGGUUAUUGAUUUGCUGGAGGGUGUAAGAUGCUCAGCUCUCCCCCUCCUGUGUGAGCGCAUCAUCGAGGUGCAGGUCAGAGAUUGGAUGUUGGCCCCAGCCAUCCAGAAAGACGGACAGUUUUGCACCAGGAAAGCUCCUCCUCCACUUGCAGGACAGGAGAAAAAGGGAGAGAGGUCGAAUGAAGAAAAUGAAGAGAUGGGUGAUAAAAAAAAUCCACCAUUUGGAAGUAUCCCCUACAUUGCCCGACCACACCCAGAACAAACUAGCCACACAGCAUUCCUCGUGAAACUCAGGAAGUGUGAGAAGUAGGUAUUCUACCUGUGAGGCCCGUCACUGAAGAAUUUUAUUGCAUGUAUACUAGUAGAUUAUUAUAACUAUUUCUAUAUUAAAAUGUAUAUUUACUGUCUAAAGUGUCAUGAUGUUUGCUUUGUACUGUAUAUACUAUGUCAAUACACAAACAUUACAUGGAUAAUGUAGGAAGAUUUUUUAACCAGCCUUUAAUAGAACUCUUUUCUUACAUGAACAAGGAUGUAAAAAACAUCAACCCUAGUAGUAUGGCAUUACUGUUGUAGGGUUACCAUUUAUGCACAGUUCAUUUUCAAUCAACAGCUAAUUCUUACACAAUCUCCAGUGCUUUUUUGGUAAAAAAUAAAAUAAAUAAAAAGUGCUCAAAUCAUAAUAAAUAAAUACAAAUACAGUAAUAAACGUGUACUAAAAACAAUGUGCACCUAACAUAAGAUGUUCCUUUUUCAGAACAAUCCAUGUGUUUUUAGACAAUUCACUAUAUUCACAGCCAAUGAAGGAAUGGGUUUAUACAGCUUCAUGAAGAUUUUUUUAUAGUCAUACUGGUGUUGUAAAAAUAUGAAUUAAUGUACACAGAAUAAAAGAAAGUAAGUAAUA